AUGAGAUUGAUCGAGGCUGCUUCACUUAAACUUCGUACCGCUGUGUUUGACGAUGACGUACCGGCAUAUGCCAUUCUAUCGCACACAUGGGGCCCGACCGAAGUUAGUCUGCAGGAGUUUGCAGAUCCAUCCUUGGGAGCUAAAGACACCUCUAUGGAAAUCGGAUCCGGCUACUGGAAAAUCAAAAAGGCAUGCGAACAAGCGGUGAAAGAUAAUCUAAAAUACGUCUGGGUGGAUACUUGUUGCAUCGACAAGACGUCUUCUUCAGAGCUGAGCGAAGCAAUCAACAGUAUGUUUCGCUGGUACAAAGAGGCAUGGGUGUGCUAUGCGUAUCUUGCCGACGUAAUUGGGUAUUCCCAUCCAACCGAGGACGAAGAUUCGCAGAAGUACGCAGAGAUGAAUAGGACGUUGGUGGCUAAGUCGCGAUGGUUCAAGCGCGGGUGGACGCUACAGGAGCUCCUUGCACCAAACAAGAUCCGAUUUUAUGAUGAUACCUGGAGGUACAUUGGUACCAAGAUGCAGUUGUGCAGGACCAUAGAAGGUAUCACCGGCAUUAGCGCAGAUGUGCUUCGGACUGGCAAUAUGGAGGACGAAAGCAUAGCCAAGCGGAUGAGCUGGAUGACUCACCGUAAAACCACGCGACCUGAAGAUAUGGCCUACUCCUUGAUGGGAAUCUUUGAUGUCAACAUGCCACUUCUCUAUGGCGAAGGAGACAAGGCCUUUGUUCGACUUCAAGAGGAGAUCAUGAAGGAUAGCGCGGACAAUAGCCUUUUCGUCUGGAAUACUUUGCGGCGCCCCGAUGACCGCUCCCGGCCUGCACCGGAGUUGUCCUCAAUAUUCGCAGCCUGGCCUCGACAGUUUGACACCUCACGCAUAUGGAACAAGCGUAGGCUCGAUGAAGAUUAUGCAAGGGAGUCGUAUGCUCUCACAAAUCUGGGCGUUCACAUCAAGCUGCGUUUGAAGCGUUAUGACCAUCCGUGGUAUGGGACUAUAUGGGGACAUGAUUAUCAAGGGAAGACGUUUGUAGCCAUGCUCGGAUGCCAGUACGAUGGACCUGAUCCAGCCUUUAAACGAUGUCGCCCUGGUAUCUUCCUCGUACAAAUCUCGCCACCCAGACCAGAGUAUGCGCGUAUCUCAAACGCGGGGGUCGUUUUCACAACGACCAAUCGAGAGACUUACGGGGCCCUGCGCAAUAAGGGGAUCGAAAGUCGCGUACUAUUCACGGAGGAGGAUACGUUGCAAACCGUUUAUCUUCGAAAGAAGAUCCCCGGUUGGGCCCAAGUGCCAAAGACAUAG